AUGGAUUUCUUGAACAGGUCCAGCCUGGAGGACGGGACAGAGGCAGAAAAUAUCUCCUCUAAUUCCACCUCUCAGAGCCAGUACACCCAGCUCGCUAUCUGGGGUCUGGCCGGACUUGUCAGCUUCCUGAUUUUGUUUACAAUAGUCGGGAACGUCUUGGUUGUUAUCGCCGUUUUAACGAGCAGAGCUCUAAAACCACCCCAGAAUCUUUUUCUCGUCUCCCUUGCCAGUGCGGACAUACUGGUGGCCACCCUAGUCAUGCCCUUUUCUCUGGCUAAUGAACUCAUGGGCUACUGGUUUUUUGGCAAAAUUUGGUGUGACAUCUACCUGGCUCUGGACGUUUUAUUCUGCACCUCUUCUAUUGUUCACCUGUGUGCUAUCAGUUUGGACAGGUACUGGUCAGUGACACAGGCAGUAGAGUAUAACUUAAAGCGAACCCCUAAAAGGGUUAAAGGGAUGAUUGUGGUGGUGUGGCUGAUCUCAGCUGUCAUCUCCUUCCCACCGCUGAUAUCUAUGGACAGAAGCAGCGAUGAGGCUAAUCCCCAGUGUAUCCUAAAUGAUGAGACCUGGUACAUCCUCUACUCCAGCAUUGGCUCAUUCUUUGCCCCCUGUGUCAUCAUGAUCCUGGUCUAUAUUCGGAUCUACCAAGUGGCAAAGACCAGGACCAGAACAAUGUCGGAGAAGAAGAGGGACGUGGACUCUCCGCUGGAGAAUGGGAUGGACCAAGCCGAACCCGGCAGAGGAGGGUCAGUGAAGUCCAACAGGGACGGGAGCAUGAAAGAACAGGAGCGUGAGAACGGGCACUGCCAAGAGCAGGCGGUUCGAUCGCCUCUACCGAACCAGCCCAAACACCCGCCGACAGAUCAUGACGAUGACUUCGAAGACAGCAGCUCGUCAGAUGAGAAACCUAAGAAAAGUUCUAAACAUAACCGCAAAGACAGGAAAUCCAGCCGGAAAAGCAGCUCCGCCUCUAAAUACUCCAGCAGGAAGUCGCGCGCCAGCUCCAAGUCCAUGGAGCUGUUCUCAUCUCGCCGCAAACGCCGGAGCACCGUCAAUCGCAAGAAAGUCUCCGCCGCUCGGGAGAAGCGCUUCACCUUCGUCCUCGCCGUCGUCAUGGGCGUAUUUGUCGUGUGCUGGUUCCCGUUCUUCUUCUCCUACAGCUUGUACGGGAUCUGCCGGGAGCCGUGCCAGAUCCCAGAGACGCUGUUCAAGUUCUUUUUCUGGAUUGGCUACUGUAACAGCUCGUUAAACCCGGUCAUCUACACCAUCUUCAACCAGGACUUCCGCAGAGCCUUCCAGAAGAUCCUCUUGGCAUGUACAGUAAAGCAGCAUUACGGGCAAUAUCCUCUUCCAGGCAUGUGUUUGCACCUUCAGCUCCCCUCUGAGAAAAUAGAUGAAAUACAGAGGUACUGCUGA